ACCACAAGGUUUCAAGUGCCAACAACACUUCCAAUACCAAAACUCACAAACCGCAAUGGAAUCUAAACCCAUUAAGCUCCUCUGUAGCUACGGCGGCAAGAUCCUCCCCCGCCUCACCGACGGCACGCUCCGCUACUCCGGCGGCCACACCAGAGUCAUCACCCACCAUUCUUCCACCUCUUUCUCAGAGUUGAUGGAGAAGCUUGGUGAAUUGUGCGGUUCAUCGCCGGUGACACUGAAGUGUCAAUUGCCGAAAGGAGACUUGGAGACUUUGAUUUCGAUCACCAGCGACGAGGAUCUGGCUAACAUAAUUGACGAAUACGAUCGAGCUUCAUCAUCGUUGGAUAGUCCGCUGAAGAUCAGAGCCAUUCUCUCGCCGCCGAAGAAAUUAUCAUCUCCUCCUCCGUCUUCUUCGUCGUCCUCCGCCUCCUACUCUCCAUCCAGUUCCCCUCAUGCCUACUCCCCGCCAUCUGCGGCGGCGUAUCGGCUCAACCGUUGCUCCCGGGUGCCGCUUGGGUACCCGAUCGGUGUCCGGAAAGGUUGUUGGUACACGCGGCACGUAGACGGAAGCCUUGCCGGGAGUCCCCGGUUCUGGGGGGCAUCACUGCAAUAGUUAGUUACUGCUACUGAUAUGAUACAGCAAUAGUUUUUAAGUUGAUGAUGAUGAUGAUGAUGAUGAAAAAUAUGAAAACAAGAAUCAAAAUGGCAUAUUAGUGAGCUAUGAUAUAUGAUUCUUUUCUUUAAUUUGUUAAAUUUUAGUUUAAGCUUGGGCUUGAGGGUUCUGGCGGUGGUUGAGAGUCCUGUUUUGCUGCUAAGACAGACAAUUCGGUGACGUUUAUAUACAGUGUGCCGCUUUAUGUGGUUUUUGUUUUAUGUAGAGUGCUCUUACUGGGAUUUUACUUUUUAUCAUGAUCUCAAAUUCUCAAUUCUCA